UGUUGUUGUUAGGUCUUUAAAGCUCGAGUGCGAAGAGACACUUUCUUUGACGCUUGAAUGGCGACGGAGUUCGAGCGGAAGAGAUUGGAGAACAUCAGGCGGAACGAUGAGAUGUUGGCGGCUCUCAACGUCCGUGCGAAAGCUUCUCUUCUCACCGCCGCAACGAAACGACCUCGAGACGAAUCUACUAAGUCUUUGAAGAAGAAGGAGAAGCCUAUUGUUAUACGGAAGUCUCUACGCACCAGAGGUUUGAAUCCAGAUUCCGUUGGCUUACCCUAUCGGUUCUCAGGUGAUCCCAAACGUAUGGCUCCUCCUCCUCAGAAAUUAAAGGCUCGUCUUCCCUUUGAUAAGGCUUAUGGUGGAGAGGGCUCUUAUAAGAAGUUCGUUGAGACUGUGUUGGGCACAACUGCGAGUAACUCUAUGGUUAAGGAUGAUUCUCCUAUAGAUUGUAGCAGCACUAGGAGAAGAUCUUCUCGCCUGUCUAAUGUUAACAAGGCAGAGUCAGUUUCAUCUAGUGAUUAUGUGAAGAAGGAAGCUUUUGUCAAGAAGCCUUGUGGAGGAAAAUUAAUUACUAAGGAUGAGAGUGAUGAUUGUUUGAACAAGGAAGCUUCUGGGGUUAUGACUGAGAGCAUUGAGUUUGAGGAGGGUGGUUCUGGCACGGGACCGUUGAGUUUAGAAUCGAAUAACGUAGCACGUGUUGUUCCUGGGAGGGUUUUUGUUGUAAAGUUCAUGCCUUGCCAGAACGUUAAGCUGGUUGCUGCAGGGGACAAACUUGGCAAUGUUGGCUUUUGGAAUUUGGAUGGGGAGGAUGAUGGGAUCUAUCUGUUCCAUCCUCACACUGCCCCAGUUUCAUCUCUAGUGUUCCAUCAAAACUCUUUCUCAAAGGUUAUUAGUAGCAGCUAUGAUGGUCUCAUACGUUUGAUGGAUGUUGGAAAGUCGGUUUUUGAUCUGGUUUAUUCGAGCGAUGAUGCUAUAUAUUCCCUCUCCCAGAGGCCUAAUGAUGAGCAAAGCUUGUACUUCUCUGAGGGACAUGGAAUGUUGAAUGUAUGGGACCUCCGAGCAGGAAAGUCAGUUUUCAAUUGGGGUUUGCAUGAACACAGGAUAAACACUAUAGACUUCAACCCGCAAAAUCCUCAUGUCAUGGCUACAAGUUCCAAAGAUGGGACUGCUUGCCUUUGGGACUUGAGAAGCAUGGGAGCUACAAAACCAAAAACAUUAAGGACUGUGACUCAUUCCAAAACUGUGCACUCUGCUUAUUUCUCACCCACUGGCCUUUCACUUGCAACUACAAGCGUUGACAACUAUAUUGGUAUUCUAAGUGGCGCCAAUUUUGAGGAUACUUCCAUGAUCUAUCACGAUAAUUGUAAUACUACCAACAAGUGGAUCUCCACUUUCAGGGGAGUGUGGGGUUGGGAUGAUUCAUACAUCUUUGUGGGCAACCGUCCUUCAAAAGGAAUUGAUGUGAUCUCUACUAAACUAAAGAGAACAGUGAAGGAACUGCAUGACCCACUUAUGAAAGUUCUUCCUUGCAGAAUCCAUUGUCAUCCUCUUAGUGUUGGGGUGCUUGCAGGAUCCACUGCUGCAGGGCAGGUCUAUGUUUGGACACCAAAGUAACCAUUUUCAAUAGGCGUGAGUUGUUAGUGUGGUUUUUGUUGUGUCAGCACCCAAAUGUUAUUAUCUGUUUGGUUCUAAUAACUUAAAGUAAAUUAAC